GACGUACGAAAGCAAGCUGGUGCUGCUAGGCUUGUGCUCAAUACAAGUCCCGAGAAUUUAUUUGUUCAUUUUUAUUUUUUACUCUUUUUUUCACUACGUUAUUACUACUAAACGAGGUCAGCGAAGGGAACAAGAGCCUGCAGGCCUCAGCGCGGGCCCCUCCCCGCCUGAAGGGGGCGCCGCCAAGGGCGCCGCGGCCUCCCGUUGCAGCGCGGCCCAACCCCAGCGGCCUCCCGGCUCUCCGCCCGCCGUCCUCUCUCUACCACCCGCUCCCACCACCCGCGGCCAUGCUGGCCUCCCGCGGGCCGGCACUGUGCACCGCGCUGCGGUGGGCAGCGCCCGGCCUCCUCGCCUCCUUCCACUGCUCCGGUUCGCGCCUCCGCCCCGCCCGCGUCGCUGUGGUCCUGUCUGGUUGUGGUGUCUAUGAUGGCACAGAAAUCCAUGAAGCUUCAGCCAUACUGGUACAUCUUAGUCGUGGGGGAGCUGAGGUUCAGAUGUAUGCUCCAGAUGUUCCUCAGAUGCAUGUCAUUGACCACAGUAAAGGGCAACCAGCUGAAGCUGAGUCAAGGAACGUUUUAGUGGAAUCUGCAAGGAUUGCUCGUGGUAAAAUUACAAGUCUGGCUAAGCUUACUACAGCAGAUCAUGAUGCUGUGAUAUUCCCUGGUGGAUUUGGAGCUGCUAAAAACUUCAGAUCUACCUUUGCUGUUGAUGGGAAAGAUUGCAAGGUGAACAAAGAAGUUGAACGUGUCUUGAAAGACUUCCACAAAGCAGGCAAACCUAUUGGUCUUUGCUGCAUUUCACCAGUGUUGGCAGCAAAGGUUCUCUCUGGUGCUGAAGUAACUGUGGGCCACGAAGAAGAGGAAGGUGGCAAGUGGCCUUAUGCUGGGACUGCAGGAGCUAUUAAAGAACUGGGAGGAAAGCAUUGUGUGAAAGAAGUUACUGAAGCUCAUGUGGAUACGAAAAACAAGGUGGUGACUACGCCAGCAUUUAUGUGUGAAACAGAAUUACAUAAUAUCUUUGACGGCAUUGGGGCCAUGGUCAAGAAUGUGCUAAAAUUAACUGGCAAAUAAAAAAAAUAAAUUCAGAAAUGUUUAAAUUUAGGGUGUAGUAUCAAAUAUAAUAUGGACCAAUGGAAACAUUUUCACCUGCUUGUCCUUUUCACACUCCAGUGAAUGUUGAUACGAAGCUGAUUGAUUCCCAGCUGCAGGGCUUUCCAUGCCCUUCUGAGAGAGGAGCCUGCCGAAUGGCUUAUGGGGUACAAGCAGUCUGGCCUGAAACAUGGAGCAUUUUCUUGAGCUUUUCCAGCUGGAGAGAGCUGUGCAGAUGUAUUCUGAAACCAGUCCUCCCAAUGCACCAGUGCCAAAUCAUCUCUAUGGGGACAAAAAGAGACUACAGGCCCUUUCAGAAGCCAAGGGCAGAUGUAUUGUAGGGCUAUAGCAGAUACAGUGGCAGUGUAUCUAGUGGAAGAAGAAUGGGAGUAGAUAGGAAUUACUGCGUGGUUCAAGAUCUGUGUGCUCAGGGCUGUACCUGUGAGCAGAAAGCCUGGAUCAGCUGUCAAGGGAAUAGACAUCUCCCACAUCUUAAUUUAGCAUGGUGUUAAGUAAAGGAUUAAGGUUUCAUUUUUCCAUUUCAAAGAAUCCUGUUUCCACAAAGGAGCCAUUCUGAAUAUCAAUCAGCAGCAGGAUACAUCUUAACUGCCACAACGCUAGCGCUUUGAAAAACUCAUCCAUUGGCCCAUUAUCACUAAAAAGGUUUUGAAAGGAAGGAGAAAAUAUCCGCUGGUGUGACGCGCAGUUUUUAAGGGUAAUAACCAUGUAAAAGUAGUUGUAUGAUUAGUAGUGGAUGGAAAAAACAAAUUAUCCCCACUUUCCCUGCUUUAGGGUAAUAAAGAUUUCUCCAAAGAAACAUUAUUGAAUGUAUGGAAUAAUGAUGUAUAAAUAAAUGAAUUUCUGCCUUUA